GCAGCUUUCAAUAAAUGAUCUGGGGCUUUCUUUAAACCUAACUUAGGUGAUAACUGAAUAAUGUUAAAAUUUGAGUUAUAUUUCCAUCAAACCUAAUUCUAGUAUAUGUCUAUCUUUGUGUAUCCAUAUAUACAUUUACAAAAAUAUUUAGAACUACAAUUACAUCUGGUUUUUGUGCUCUGUUGAUGUACUACAGCUCAUUUUUCAAAGGCAAACAUUAUAGUGCAUUCCAGGACACCUGUGUCCACACGAUCAUUACUUUGAAACUAUAUUUGGAUGUACAAGCUAUUAAAAGCUUCUAGUACUGAGUGACCUUUCAGGAGAAUUUAGGUCGAAUGCUCGCGCUGGUGCUGCCUGUUGCUGAGUGGAAGACAGCAGGAAAUCCUGGAUUCAAACCUAUAUUGGGCUUUUGUUUGGUUUUUGUUUCUUUUCACUUUGUCUUAAGAAGAUGAACAAUGAAACCGCAACCCUGAUAUCCUUGAAUGAGACAAUGAAAAGAAUAGACCACAAACUCCAAGCUUUAGAAGCACAGUUUAAAGAACUGGACUUCACCAAGGAUAAUCUGACACAGAAAUUUGAACAUCAUAGCAAAAUGUUGGCCAGCCAGGCAGCCCAAGAUGAGCUGUGGACAGCAGUUCUGGCACUCAAGUUCACUUCAAUGGAAUUAAAUAUUAUAUACAGCUAUGUCGUGGAAGUACUCAUCUGCUUGCACACGCGUGUGCUUGAGAAGCUGCCAGACCUGGCGAGGGGUCUUCCUACCUUGGCCUCCGUCCUUAGAAGAAAAGUCAAGAACAAGCGCAUUGGAGUCGUAUGGGAGUCUGUCCUGGAGGAGUGUGGGCUGCAAGAAGGCGAUACCACAGCACUUUGUACCUUCUUUAUUGCCCAUGGUAACAAGGCAGAACACUACAGUGCCAAAGUGAGACAGAUGUACAUCAGGGACGUCACGUUCAUGAUCACCAACAUGGUAAAGAACCAGGCUCUGCAGCAUGCCUUGCUGAUGGCUGUCCAGCUCAUUGAGAAGGGGAAAGCAGUGACAGCCCCUGAAGAGCAAAAGUCGUCCCUAAAAGAGUUGAUGCCAAUUGUUAAAAACUAACCUGUUAUCUUAUGACCUAGCAAUCCCACUUCUAGUAAUUUAUCUUGCAAAUGGGAAAAAAUAUAUAUGUACAUACAAUUUUGCUAUGGACUUAUUUUUAUAGCAAAAAUUGGGAGAGUAUUAGAGAAAUUAUGAUAAUUUGCUAUCAUGGAUAUUUAUAUAUAAAAGAAUGAAGAAGCUCUUUGGUUUUAACUUAUCAUGGAUAUUUAUAUAUGAAAGAAUGAAGAAGCUCUUUUGGUUUUAGAUAGAGUGUCUGCCUGUGGACAUAAGGGUCCCAGGUUCGAUUCCAGCCAAGUGCACAUGCCUAGGUUGCAGGCUCAAU